AUGGAGGAAGGGGAGCAGCAGCAUGCAGCGGGCCCGGCGGCGGGGCCAGAGCAGGGGCUGCCCAAGCCCAAAUUCGCGCCUCUGACCUCCUACGAGCUGAACGGCAAGAAGAUAGAGUUCCGGCGAGUGCCGGUGCCGCAGCACCGCAUGACGCCGCUGAAGAACAGCUGGCUGGCGCUCUACAAGCCAGUGACCGAGAACCUGAAGCUGGACAUGCGGAUGAAUCUGAAGACGCGAAAGGUGGAGGUCAAGACGACGCCCGAGACGCCCGACGCCGGCAACCUGCAGCGCGCCGCCGACUUCAUCCACGCCUACAUCCUGGGCUUUGAGGUCCAGGACGCCAUCGCGCUGCUGCGCCUGGACGACCUGUACAUCGAGUGCUUCGAGGUCAAGGAUGUCAAGACGCUGCGCGGGGAGCACCUGGCGCGCUGCAUCGGACGCAUGGCGGGCAGGAACGGCAAGACCAAGUUCACAAUAGAGAACGCCACGCGCACGCGCAUCGUGCUGGCCGACACGCGCAUCCACAUCCUGGGGUCCUUCCAAAACAUCCGCGCCGCGCGCGACUCCAUCUGCGCCCUCAUCCUGGGCUCCCCCGCCGGCAAGGUCUACUCCAAGCUGCACUCGGUCACCGCGCGGCUCAGCCAGAGCUACUAG